AAAUAUUUUUAUUCAGAUUCGUGUAUAUAAAGUUAAAUAAAUUAUUAAAGGUGUGAUUAUAGUAUAAAUUCUUCAAAGCUUCACUUGGUUUCGUGCAUUGCAAAUUAAUUUUUUUUUUGCAAAGUAAACACAUAAAAUGUUCUUCAACUUCUAAGCAGAGUAAAGGAGCUUCGUAGCUUUGCCGAAAUUCUACGAAAAUAGUCGCUGGAAUUGGCUCGCUGUAAUAUAUUUCGGUGCUGAAAAGGCGGCGAAAUGGAUCAGCGGCGGCUCAGCAUGGACCUGAGCUGGCCAAAAUUAAAUGCGAGUCAGACUUUGGGACAGAUACUUCAGCUGUGGGCUGCGUGUCAUGCGAGGCACGUUGGAGACGAUGACGUGAGUCUUGGAGGGCUCAGGCCGAGAUGGAACUGAAGUUGUGCGGGAUGGGGCAGGUCGGUUGUUGAUAUUAAAGCGACAUUAACAUUGAGCUUGAUGGCUGCUUUGAUGGCCCACGAUACGUUUUUAAAUGCACGAGUAUUGUCAGUUUGUCAGUUUGUCAGUUAUUUCACAAAUUCGCAUUCGUACUAUGCAUCUGGGAUCGAGUGAGUUAUCAUAACCCCAGGCGAAGGCGACCUUGCGACCGUUACUGAAUUCUGAUGGGAGCAUCGGUGGCACUCCUCGCAUAAAAAGGCGGCACCCACAGCAGCCGGGCACAAACAGUUAGCACUCGUCUACCAAUCAACAUGAAGAGUCAACCCAUCCUGAUUCUGUCUGUGUGCCUCCUGGCCCUCUCCACCGUUUCCGCCAUGCCACAGCGUCGUGCGAAGAGCCAACGCCAGGUUGAGUACUCAUCCACACCCUACCCGGCAGCUGGCUUCCGUCCUAUGAUUCCGUUUAAUCUGCCCGGUGAAGUGCAGCCCAAGCUCGAGACGGAACCACUGACCACCAGCACAACGUCUGCGAACGAAGUGGAAACCCUGGAGGAUACCGAACCACUUAGCACCACCGAGCAGCAGCAGCCGGAAGCGGAGACGGAAGCGGACUUGGAAGUGUCCAUCCGCACGCCUGCCAACACCUACGGAGCCCCUGAAGAGCAGGAUCCCCUAGAACCGGACACCGUAGAGGUGGUGGCCCAGGAGCCAGCCCGCGACUUUCAGCCCCCCACUCUGGACGUCGUCGAGGACUUUGCCGCCGAUGGCGCUGCUGUUGCUGGUGGCGAGCAGCCUGUUGCUGAUGUCCCUGCCCUGGGCCAAGCGGAGUCGCAAAACGAUGAGUCGGAGGUCAAGGCCGUCACCCCAGCUGGAACCUAUGGACCACCCGCCGGCACCUACGGAGUGCCUGAGCUGAGCGAGACCGAAAACGAGUUGGAUCUGGAGGAGUCGCAAGUUGAGCUCGUUGAAGAGGAGGCGGCGGCGGAGGAGGCGCUGACCAACGAACUGACCAGUGGCCGCCUGAUCCUGCUGCCCUUGGGUGCCAGGGGAUCACAGUUCGGUCGCCUUAUCCUUGCCGUAGAGCAGCCACGUCUGCGCCUCAGGAGCGAACGACUGAGGAGGAUUUAGGGAUUCACUUGUUCAAGGGGAUUAAUUGAAGGAAAAUAUACGUACUUGUUUCUACUGAAUUUGUCUGUGUUCAUUUGGUACUUUUUCUGUUAUUCGUAAUUAGAACGCUCAACAGAGUGGUUACUUAAGAAAUUAUGAAAUUUUAUCUCACUAGAAAGUUAUAAAUGUCAAAAUACCUUAGUAGGUUAAGUUUUAAAGGUUUUCUCCAUACUUAACCCAUUUAAAAGUGGGUAUUAGAUUAUAAAGUAAUGCCUGUCUUAUUAAGUACUUAUUUAGCCAAUUUAAUAGUUUUCGUUGAAUAUACCUGACAAUUUUAUAGAUUUUUGAAAGGACUUAUUAAGGCGACUGUUUAACUGGAGAAGCUGCCCAAAAAAUUAUAUGUCGGGAUAUGGAGUUGGCUGUGUCCAUGGGGGUCCUCACUACAAUCCCAACUAGAACUCCAACUCCAGCAGCGACUGAAUCCUUUUCUCCAUUAUUUCGCAGAGGAAGAGUUUUGCAGGACAAUUCUUGUGCACGGCUCAUUGGCUUGUUAAUGCAACUGGUUCGGCAUGUGAUUGGGUCACGCCCACAGAAUGCACAAGUGGGUGUAUCUGGAAUUGCCGCUUGCGGGGCACUGUGUGUAUUUAUGUGUGUGCAAGGACAUCCCACCCAUACAUCGCCUAAUUGAUGCUUACUAUUGUUUAUUGUGUUAUAAACCAAGAGCCGAGUGGAGCCCAGCAAUACACAACUCAGUGAAGAUGAACAGGAAACAAUGCACCAACUUCGCUUGACAAUUUUGAUUAGGUAUUGUCCUUCGUCUGUCUGCGAUUAUGAUUACGAUGAGGAUGUCCUAGUGUGACUAUGUACUUGGCUUGUUAUUAGCUCUGGCCUGGGUCUAUUGUGUCCCUUUUUAGUGUCAUGUGGAUGUGCCCAGGGCCAAAAAAUUACUUGCUUAUUCAAUGUGUUCGUGCAGUUAAGCGAGAUUCGCUAAGACGUUCAAGAGUUGAGAUCAAAGGGGAGCCAAUAAUCAAGCAGUUUGUAGCUCCAAUUGAUAAGAAAGAUAUGUUUAAUAUCGU